AUGCCUAUUGAUUAUUCUAAAUGGGAUAAGAUUGAAUUGUCUGAUGAUUCAGAUAUAGAAGUCCAUCCAAAUGUGGAUAAACGGUCAUUUAUCAGAUGGAAACAACAAUCUAUCCAUCAAAAGAGAGAAGAAAGAAACAGAGAUAUAAAGAAUUUGGAAACCCAGUUGAAGAUGUACCAUCAAUUGAACAAACGUGUGGAUAAAUUGAUCCAGUUAUUGCCUGUUGACCAAUUCAAUGACCUUGACCGGAUCACCAAAUUUUUAAAUUCUAACUUUGAUAAAUCUGAAAAGUGUGUUGGGGAGAAUGUUGAUCCUGAUAUUGGAACUUAUAACGAGAUGGUGGAGGAUUUGUUUGAUCAAUUGAAACAUGAUAUUAAGAAAGAUGGGUUAGAUCCAAACGAUAGCGAGUUGAUUAAAAAAUAUUUUUUGAAACACCGUGAAAAGAUAGAUAAAGUCACAGAAGAAGUGUUGCAGAAAUUGACUCAAUUGUACAAGGAGAAGAAUGAGCAUAUCUCCUCAGAAGACAUCCACAUUGGUUUUGAUAGUAGUUUUAUUAAUAAAUCAAGUGUUGAAGAAGAUGCAAAGACUUUGCAAAAUACUUUGAAGAAUUUGGAGAUGAAUAAGAGCAACAAAAAUGAUAUCAGUAAUAACAACGACACUGCUAAGACAAAUCCAAUUCUAGACAAUGACAUAGUUAAGUUGUACAAGCAAUUUAUUGACUACGGUACAAGUGAGGACAAUAUUGGUAAAUUACAUCCCUUGACAGAAGAGUUUGGCCUAAAGAUUUCGACAGAUGAAUGUGAAAAGUCAGAAUCCUUUUUAUUGAAACAUAUGGAGAUAUUAUCCGAACAACAAAAGGAUGCAUUAAUGAUGAAAGCGUUUGAAUAUGAAUUGUCUAAUGAUACAAAGAUGACGUAUCAGAUUGUUCAUCAAGCGGAAAUCAUGUCAUAUAUUAUUGAAUUGUACCAGUUGAAAAAAAUCCCAUUUUUAAAUGUUGAUGAGAUGGAGAAAGUUAUCAAAAUGUUUUUUGGCAAGGUGCUAUUAAUCAAUGGUGGUGGCAAUGGCGUCGAUACCAGGGGUAAAGACACAUUUUUAGAUUCUGUUAAAACCAAAUAUAACCAUAUUAAAGAACGUUGUAAAAUCAUUCAGCAAGAAAAUGCGGAUGGAGAAGCAGGGGAUGAAGAAGCUAAUGCUAUUAUACAGUUAAGAUCGUUGGACGAUUCUACAGAAUUGGCUAUAACAUUGCCAGAUUUUGGUUCAAGUGAUCCAAAUGAGGUUAGAAGGUGUAAGGCAUUCUCUAAGAUUCCAUUAAAGAUGCAAGAAGCUAUUAAGACAGGUAAUUUAGACAAUGUGAAUGCUGUCUUUGAAGAAUAUUCGUACGAGGAAGGUGAGAAAAUGUUAGAAUUAUUCGAUGAAGCAGAAGUUGUUGGGGUUAAGGCGUUAUUAGAAGAUGAAAAAGAUUUUGAGCAAUUAAAACAAGAUUAUCAAUCAGAGAAAAGUGAUGCAACGAAUAAUGAACAGACAAAGGAAACAACUGUUAACACGGCUGACAUUGUCGAUUAG